UUUAUCGUCUCUCUGAGAAUCCAUCAUGGAAAGUUCUUCUAUUAGAAGCCGGUGGAUCAGAAAGUGUUCUCAGCGAUAUUCCAGUGGCCGUUGCGACUCUUCAAAUGACCCCCAUUGAUUGGGCUUUUCAAAGUGAACCACAAGAAGCUUCGUGCUAUGGGUUAAUCAACAGACGAAGUCGAUGGCCUCGAGGCAGAGUUUUGGGAGGAUCAUCGGUACUAAACUACAUGUUAUACAGUAAACAAUCAAUGAAUUACUCAAAGUGAUAUCGUUUCCAUGGUUGAUGCUAUGAAGAUAUCGAUCGCCGUUGGCUUAGCUCCAGCUUUCCGUUCUUUAGGCUCUAAUAUAUUCCAAACAGUUUUCGGCAUCCAGAUUUUGAUUUAUUGAUCUCUGCUCUUCAAAUUGAAUCGUAAUUGCAACUCGCUGAAACCGAUGGAUCCUCGUUAUCCACCAUGAUCCGAUUAAAUCGUAAAUCGACAAAAACUUGAAACAAAUUGUGUUUCUAUUGGAAGUGAAUUAAAUUUAACCGAAUGCCACGACUUAUUGGUAAUCUCGACGAUUGCUGGUUCACCGGCGGCAAUCCAAAUUGUCACUGAAGCAUUUUCAUACGACCUCGCUGGUAGUUCGGGCAUUUUAAACCGAGUUGAGUAAACUUAAAACUGAAAGAACAAAAAACACAGUUUUGGACUCGACACUUCCAAAGGUCUGAUUAAUUCAGCCUUUUAUCGACCUUCGAUCAUAGAGUUUCUGUUGACCAUCAUCAAAGUGAAACAAUAUUACAAUUGCAAUGUCGGAAAACAAUCAACUCUCAAAUAGUGAUCAAGAUCGUCCAUUGAAAGUGUUUAUUACAUCAAUGUUAGCUACUGGUCACUUUAAUUCUUGUCUUGGUAUUGGGUCACUUUUAAAGAAACGCGGACAUGAUAUUUACUUUGCUCAUCUGCCAAAGAAUCAGUCAAUCAUUGAACGACAAGGGAUGAAGUUCAUUAAUUUACUUGAUUACUCGAGUGAAAUUGUUCCUGUGGAAGAGAUUUUGAUGUCCGAUCCUAAAUUUUCCAAGGAUCAAAUCGAAGAUGCUUGUAAGUUUCAUCCUCUUGAACAAAUGAAGCAGAAAAAGACUGAAGAUAAAGACGUGCUGUUCAUGCAAAAGAUUGAGGGAACGACCAUAAAAGAAAGUGAAGUGAUGAUCAAACUGGUGAAUGAAUUAAAACCCGAUGUUUGUAUUGCUGAUUACGGGUUUCCAGCUCCAUGGAUGAAAGUUGUCGACGUUCCGACGAUCCAAGUGAUGUCGGUUGCACCUACAGAACUUUAUGACGGCCCACCACCAGGAUCAGGUUAUUCAGUGCACGACUCACAAGAGCUUUGGAAAGAGUUUAAAACUCUGAAAGCUGAAAAGAUGGCCGAAAUUAUAGCUUAUGCUGCCAAAACAAACGAACAUUUUGGUGUUAAAUUCGAGGAUAAUCAAUGUCCAAAAUACUUGGGUAUCUAUGUUUACCCUGGACCUUUGGACUAUAAAGAAUUGGGUCAACCUAAACCUCGAUGGAUUAGACUUGAUUCAGCGGUUCGAUUACCAGAGAUAAGUGAUUUUAUUAUUCCUGAGAAAUUAGCAAACAAACCAGGAAAACUAAUCUACCUUUCAAUGGGAACUCUCGCUUCUAUCAAUCCUGACUUGUUGAAUCUAUUGAUCGAAUCAUUGGCUAAAUCACCACAUCGAUUUAUAAUCUCUACCGGAAGAAAUGGAGAUCAAGUCAAAUUAUACGACAAUAUGUGGGGCGAUAAGUUUGUCAAUCAAAUCGCCAUCUUACCUCACAUCGAUCUGUUCAUCACUCAUGCAGGAUCCAACUCGCUGAUUGAAGGUCUAGUAGCGGCAAAACCUCUGAUUGCGAUUCCAGUAUUAGGUGACCAGUUAGACAAUGGACAACGCGUUGUUGAUCUUGGAUUAGGGGCCAAAAUCAAUCUGUGGGAGUUUAAUGGGGAUAAAUUCCUUGAAGCUAUUGAAAAUGUAUUGACUGAUGAAAAAAUUCAUGAAAAUGUCGCAAAAAUAUCAGGAGAAAUUAAAACGUCAGACUCAACUGAUAAAGUUUGUGAAACUAUCGAGCAAAUUGCAAGAACAAAAAAACCAAUCAUUUAGUUAUCAAUAUUAAAUUGAUUAUCAUGUAGCGUCUUUGUACCAACAAUCAAUUUAUUUAUUGUAAAUUUUAAUCGCUCAACAUCACGAUUAAACUCAUCAUUUAGAUAUUAAUAUUUACGCAAACGCCAAUUACUAAUAAUAUAUAUUUUUUCAACGAGACGCAUCAAUUGAAAUGCUUGAUUGUUAACACAAUUGUCAAAAUGAACCGAAAUUGAAAAGUUGAUUAGUUUGAUUCAAACACCGAAGCCAGUUGAUUCAUAUUCAACGGACUGACUAAACCAUAAUUGGGUUUCUCAUUGUCAACUUUAGCCGACUUAGUCAAAAAUCUUCAGCUAAUACUCAGUCGAUUGACUUCGGUGUCAGGUUUGAUUGUUUUCUGGACUUGAUUGUUUUCAAUAUUAAAAUUAACAAUUAUGAUAAAACCUUUGGAAAAU